UGAAUAUCUGAUGACCAGCACACUUCCAAUCAGGUAGUAUUUCAUUGAGCAAUGGAUAAUAAUACAUCUUUGACAGCCAAAAUUAUCUCAGGCUCCCUUAUCUGAUCCUCUCUAUCUCCACCCCCUUUAACACCAAAGUCCGGACAUUCAGCAUUCAGUGUCUGAUUUCCCAAGAUUAACAUCCAGCAUGAACGGUUCUUCCCCUUCCACUCCUGAUAGUAUAAACAUCUGGCGCACUUGGGCCCUGACUGUGACUUAUGAAGCAGGGGAAUAUACCGAACAGAAAUUCAAGGCAGAGAAGACUGGAGGAGGCCCAGUCAUACCUUCCCCCAACCUAGACACUGAUCUGGUGAUGGCGUGCGAUCGCUUGGCUGAUGUACUCAUAAAGGCAUAUAAAAAUCCCAUUCAGAUGCAGGUGGAUAUUGCAAGAUAUAGCAAAUUGAUCUCCCCGAAGGACACCGGGCAUAAUGAACAGAGAGAGGCUAGGUUGCUUGAGAGGUGUCCUCCUGGCCAUGAAGGCAAAAGGUUGGUCGACGAACCUGCCACAAUUCUCGAUGCAUCCGGUGCCAUCAUUGCAUGGUACCUCCCAGACGCCCUGACCGACACCACCCAGAAGGAAAUCAGGGAAGCCACCAAUUUGCUCGCUCCAAGCCUCGAAAAAAGUGUAAGGGCUGAUGGCAAUUGGCGAACUAAUCAAAAGUGGUUCAACCGGGGCUCGGAAGAUGUUGGGGCAACUCCCGGAUGCAUCAAUUUAUCUCCGGCAUGGUUUCAACAGGGACACGAGAAUGUGUCCGAUCCGGAGGUAUCUGCAUCAUUGAAGGGACCUUCCUGCGAGAAUAUCCUCAAAGCCAUUUCAAGGCCAGCAGCCAUCGCGUCCGCGGCACUCAGAGUCAUGCAUCCUGAGCAGUACUGGGCAGGGUUGCGAACCUUGUCAAACCUCGGACAUAUAGCAGUAAGCAAGGAUCUGCCACAGAUGCCGGAGGCCCUGCAGUACUGGGCAUCGGUGUUUAACACCCUCUCCAUCAUUUCCAAUCGGGAAACCCCAAAUCAUCGAGACCAUUUCCUUCAGCUGGAGUUCAAGUACAAUUCCGGCUGUAUGAUUGCGUUUUCCGGAAGGAUUGUGAGACAUGGAGUUUAUGAUGUGGAAGGGGAUCGGAUUGCUUGGGCAUGGUAUAUGAGGGAUUCUGUUCACAUUUACGCUGGUGUUCCAUCAUGUGGAUGGGCUAGUGUGGAUGGUCCAUACAGUGUGUGAAAGAUCAAACAAAGAGCAUGCAUUGUGACCUAUAUACAUUCCAACAAAUGAAUACCAUGUACCAAUAGUUAUCUGGACCUCAAUACUCAAUUGUGAGCAUUUGCGAAGUGAUAU